GAUGUUACGCUGCUCACGGGGGAUGGAGAAUAGCACUUGUCAGUAUGAGAUAGCAUCACUGAAUAGCUCUAUAUAAGGGGAAGAACUUACGAAGUUUCUGAGUGAAAAGUUAUUCUGAAAGGAGACGCAUAAAGAUGAAUGCUCCACUUGACACGUUUUUUGUUUUGGGGUUUGUGUUGGUGGCCUUUGCAAACGGAGAAUUACACUGGUGUUAUAAUAAUGCAUCAUGCAAUGAAAAUGUCUGGGUCUCAACACCAUUUGGCACCUGUAAUGGAACACGGCAAUCACCCCUCAAUAUCAACACCACCAGUGUUAAAGGAAACUCAAAUCUGAUAGCCUUCAACUUCACUGGCUUUAGUAACAACAGCACUAUGACGACAAUAGAGAAUUCAGGCCAUACAGUGAAGGUGACAUUUGGAGACGGGCUUGUGAAGAUCAGCGGUGGGGGGCUCCCCGGGUCCUACGAUGUUCAACAGUUCCAUUUGCACUGGGGCAACGGCAGUGAUGUUCCAGGAUCAGAACACACCGUGGAUGGCAAGCACUACCCCAUGGAGAUACAUAUUGUGACUAUGAAGUCUGAAUUCAAAGGCAACAUGACCCUUGCCAUCACAGACUCGAAUGGUCUGGCAGUUUUGGGCUUCUUAAUAGAGAAAAAAAAUGACAGUUCCCUGCCACAGAGCUGGAAAAUCUUAACAACAUACCUGCCCAAUAUUACAAACAGUGGCCAAAAGGUAAACAUUACUCAGCAAUUUUCACUCGAUGAUCUCCUGGUGGGAGUGGACCGUACAAAGUAUUACCGUUAUUUGGGCUCCCUGACUACCCCCACUUGCGACGAGGUUGUGAUUUGGACUGUAUUCAAGGAUCCAGUCAAAGUUAGCAAGAAUUUGAUUGACCUUUUCAGCACGUCGCUGUACACCUCUGACCCUGUACUGAUGACCAAUACCUACCGAAGUACCCAGAAGCCCAAUGGCAGAAAUAUCACGACCCAGGCUUCAGCUUCAUCACCAUUAAUGACUGAAGCCAGACUUUUCCUUCUGCCCCUGGUCGUGCUACAUGUUCUCCUCUGGGAAUGUGAUGCGUGAUGAGGAAACUUAAAUGUCAGUGUGGUUUUCAUUUUUUACGAUAUGGAACGAUAAUUUAUAUUAUGACAGAGGAUGCCAAUUCAUAUAUAAUGUAAUUAUAUUAUAUUAGGGGUGGCGCAGUGGUUAGUGCUGCUGCCUCGCAGGAUGAAGGUCCUGGGUUUGGUACCGCGUCCUUUCUGCGUGGGUUUUCACCAGGAACUCUGGUUUCCUCCCACAGUCCAGAAACAUGCAGGAUUAGUUGAUUGGUGAAUCUAAAUUGGCCCUGUAGUUGUGUGUGUGUGUGUGUGCGUCCUGCGGUGUGUUGGCAGCUGCCAAGGAUUGGGUCCCACCUGCUCCAGUGAUACCCGUUGGGAUUCAGCAGUUUCAGGAAAUGGAUGGAUGGAUAUUAUGUUAUAAUAAUAUUUAUAUAAUAUUAUUAUCUUUUAUUGCAUUGUAAUAUAUUUCUGUGUUGGGUAUUUCAAGUCCAUUUUGAUGAAUAUAUGCAAUUUUGACUGUUUUGUUUACUAAAGAAGAAAAGAUGCAUGAUAUUUUACAUAAAGCAAUUCUUGUUUUACAACAGUUUUCUUUAUUUACUGUAUAUUAAAUGGCAUGUGUUUGCCACCUGGUAUCUAAGUAUAAAUAAGCAUUUGUUAAGCAGAAACACUGUAAUAUUAAGACAGAAUGUCUUAUAAGAUGAGAGGAAUGUAACAUUGAUGGAAUAAGCAUGAGUUUAAGAGUG